UCCCCAGAAAAGUAUAAUGAGUAAUAAAUACAUUUGAAAUACAUAUAGAUUUUUUUAAUACAUAUUUAAAAAGAUAUCAUUUGAAAUAAAAAAUAAAAUAUCCGAGCCAAAUAAGUUCCAUUUUUGACAUUAGUAUAGUUGAUUUCCCUCACACAGUCACGCAGUUGUCACCAAUGGAGAUUUGAAGACAUUCUUCUAGUGACUAUUUUCCUCCUUUUUUUUUUUAAGGAAAAAGAAACAGAAUCCAUUCACCUAAAAAAAACUGCUUCCAUUCCAUGCAGAAAAACUCUCCACAAAAAUGAAUGACACCAUUCUCUCUGAGUCUCUCUCUUUCUUUCGUUCUUUAAUUUCCUGCCAUUUACCAAACCAGAAAACCAGCAAACCUUAACAAUAAAUGUCUGUUUUCUUCCUUUACAUCAACUAUAAGACAAUGGAUGAAUCCAAAUCUGACAGCCAAUCUUCCUGUUAAAAAGUUACUCGCCCUUUAUUAUUAAAAAAAAAAACAAAAGAUUUCAUCCCUUUUAAUUGUACAUAUAUUUUUUUCCUUAAUUUCUCCAAAAAGUUCCCUGGUUUUUCUCCGACUUGUAUAUAUACGUAUCAUCAUCUUCAUUGCAGAAAAACUUAGAAGUUAUAUUAAACAAAUGGCUUCCAGUUGGAAUGAAUCAACAAAAAACAACAACAACAAUCUCACCCCACUUUUAGAUGGUAACAACAAGGAGGAUGAACGGCCGGCGAAACGCCUCCGGCCGUCUAGGAUCGUCUUCCUGUUUUUAGCCGGGUUUUUGGCCGCCGGGCUAUUCGUAGCUUUUGGGGAUAGAAAUGGAGAUUGUGGGAAGAUCUCGUUGUCGAGAUAUGUAGGGGGUAGGAUGUCGUCAGGUUCUUAUUCUGAUCAGCCGGCGACCAAGACGACGUGGACGUCGCCGGGAAGGAUCACGCCGGCGGAGGGGGUGCCACGUGGGCUCGCCGAAGGGGUGUCUGCCAAGUCAUCCGGUCAUUUGUUCGGAAAAUCUCCGUUCUCGUGGACGAAUAGAUUGUUGGCUUGGCAAAGGACCGGCUUUCAUUUCCAGCCAAAGAAGAAUUGGAUGAAUGAUCCCAACGGUCCAUUACUCUACAAGGGAUGGUACCAUUUUUUCUACCAAUAUAACCCAUUCGGAGCCAUAUGGGGGAACAUUGUUUGGGGCCAUGCAGUAUCCAAGGAUCUGAUCCAUUGGCGCCAUCUCCCCAUUGCCAUGGUUCCCGACCAAUGGUACGACGCCAAUGGAGUCUGGACCGGCUCCGCCACCAUCCUCCCGGACGGUAAAGUCGUAAUGCUCUACACCGGAUCCACCAACGAAUCAGUCCAAGUCCAAAACCUAGCAUACCCGGCCGACCCGUGUGACCCUCUCCUCGUUAAAUGGGUCAAGUAUCCAGGGAACCCGGUUCUCGUCCCACCACCCGGGAUCCAUCACAAGGAUUUCCGUGAUCCCACGACGGCGUGGUCCACCAAAGACGGCAAGUGGCGAAUCACCAUUGGGUCGAAACUCAACAAGACCGGAAUCUCAUUGGUCUACGACACUGAUGACUUCAAAACCUACCGGCUUUUAAACGAAGUGCUCCAUGGAGUCCCGGGUACGGGUAUGUGGGAAUGUGUCGACUUUUACCCGGUUUCUAGAGUAGGCGAAAACGGACUCGACACGUCAUACAACGACCAGACAGUUAAACAUGUAAUGAAGGCUAGCUUAGAUGAUGAUAGGAACGAUUACUACGCCAUCGGAACGUACGAUCCCGUCCAGGGAAAAUGGGUUCCGGAUGACCCGACAAUAGAUGUUGGAAUCGGGAUGAGAUAUGAUUAUGGUGUAUUUUAUGCAUCCAAGACAUUUUAUGAUCAGGAAAAGAGGAGAAGAAUUUUGUGGGGUUGGAUUACUGAGACUGAUAGUGAAGCUGCGGAUAUUGCUAAAGGUUGGGCAUCAGUUCAGGGAGUUCCGAGAACUGUAUUGCUGGAUCAGAAAACAGGUAGCAAUUUAUUACAAUGGCCAGUUGAAGAAGUUGAGAAGUUGAGAUUGAACCUCAAGAGUUUCGACAAUGUCGACGUCAAACCAGGCUCAAUUCUUCCACUCGAUGUUGGCUCUGCUUCUCAGUUGGAUAUUGUUGCUGAAUUCGGAAUCGAGAAGGAGGUUUUGAAUCUUGUAAAUGGGUCCGAUGAAGAGUACAUUUGCAGUUCAAGUGGUGGUGCUUCUCAACGGGGAGCAUUAGGUCCAUUUGGUUUAUUAGUCCUCACGAACGAUGACCAAUCUGAGCAGACCCCUGUUUACUUCUACAUCGCUAAAGGAACAGAUGGAAAAUUCAAGACAUUUUUCUGCACUGAUCAAUCAAGGUCGUCUAAAGCGAACGAUGUUAGGAAGACAAUCUACGGAAGCACUGUUCCAGUACUAGAUGGAGAGAAAUUAUCUAUGAGGAUAUUGGUUGAUCACUCGAUUGUGGAAGGUUUUGCACAAGGUGGAAGGACAACAAUUACAUCAAGGAUAUACCCAACAAAAGCAGUGUACGAUGAUGCUAAGCUCUUCUUGUUCAACAAUGCCACUCAAGCCAAUGUUAAUGCCUCCCUAAGGAUCUGGCAAAUGAGCUCCUCAAAUAUCAAGGUUUAAAACGAAGAAGAAAUUCACUCAACCGGAGAUCAAUAUACAUGUUGGGUAGAUUUUUCAAAUAUUGUUUGUUACCAAAAAAAAAAAAAAAAGUACGAAAACAGGAAAGCUGACCAGUUGAAUUUAAAUUAGUGAAUGGUCACAUCCUGGGUUGUUUGUACGCGAUCAAAUGUUGGUCAAAUAAUUUGAUCAGCCGUUUGAUCAUCAGAUGUAUCAGAUUUUUCUCCCACGCCUACAUAUAUAGCUAUAUAUGUUCUUCUUAUUGUGAAAAAAGUUUUGAUCAUGCGUUGUAAUUAGUUUACAAGAAAUUUUCAAGGUCCUAAUUAAUUAAGUUGAAUGUUAAACCCUUUCUUACCCUUGAUUUUCUUCUGCUUCUCUUCAGUCUUUACAAAUGUAGCGUAUAGUGAAU